UGUGCCUGUAGUGAGAUGCACAUUGACAACAUCUUGGAGAGCCACAGUUAUUAUAGGAAUUCAAUUCGUCAUAACCUGUCACUGCACAGCAAGUUUAUCAGGGUGCAGAAUGAGGGAACAGGAAAAAGUUCUUGGUGGAUGCUCAAUCCUGAAGGAGGAAAGAGGGGGAUAAGAGCCGCAUCCAUGGACAACAACAGCAAGUUUGCAAAAAGCAGAGGAAGAGCUGCCAAGAAAAAGGCAGCCCUUCAGACAGGCCAAGAAGGAAAUAGUGACAGCCCAGGAUCACAGUUUUCAAAGUGGCCUGCAAGCCCCAGCUCUCACAGUAAUGAUGACUUUGAUAACUGGAGUACCUUUAGACCCAGAACUAGCUCUAAUGCUAGUACAAUUAGUGGAAGACUUUCUCCAAUCUUGCCAGAACAAGAUGACCUUGGAGAUGGGGAUGUGCACUCUAUGGUAUACCCGUCAUCAGCAACCAAAAUGGCUUCUACGUUACCCAGCCUUUCAGAGAUGAGUAAUUCUGAAAAUAUGGAGAAUCUUUUGGAUAAUCUCAACCUUUUGUCACCUAGUACAUCACUGACCGUAUCAACCCAGUCUUCACCAGCUACACUGAUGCAGCAAACACCAGGUUAUUCAUUUGCAUCACCAACCACAAGUAUAGGUUCACCAAAUCCAGACUACCGAAAAUUUACAUAUGCUCAAGCUAGCAUGAACUCUUUGCCCCAGAUGCCUAUGCAAUCUCUUCAAGACAGUAAAUCAAGCUAUGGAACGAUCAGUCAAUAUAACUGUUCUGCAGGACUCCUGAAGGAGUUACUAACUUCUGAUUCUCCUCCGCACAAUGAGAUCUUGGGAUCAGUAGACACUGGUGUUCCGCAACCUACUGGUAGAGUGUUGGGCCAAAAUGUGCUGAUGGUCGCAAAUUCAGUGAUGUCUACAUAUGGUAAUCAACCAUCCCACAACAAAAUGAUGACUCCCAAUGCUCACCCACACCCAGGACGUAAUCAGCCAACAGUUGCAGUUAAUGGCCGUGCCUUGUCACAUACAGUGAAUGCUAUGUGUCACACUUCAGGUUUAAAUCGUUUGUCCACAGUGAAAACUGCAUUACAAGUGCCUAUGAGUCACCCGAUGCAUAUGAAUACAAUGAACCCUUAUGCUGCUGUUAACAGUUGCAAUGGCUAUGGAAGAGUGGGAAUUGUUUCUCUCCAUCAGGAGAAGCUUCCCAGUGACUUAGAUGACAUGUUAAUUGAACGGUUGGACUGUGACAUGGAGUCAAUUAUUCGUAAUGACCUUAUGGAUGGAGAAACAUUAGAUUUUAAUUUUGACAGUGUGUUGCCUAACCAAAGUUUUCCACACAGUGUAAAGACCACCACACAUAGCUGGGUGUCGGGCUAGGAGUUAGUGAAAGGCUACAAUUUAAAGCUCUUCAGACUUGUGUGACAACAGGAACUGAGAAAAGUAGUCCAAAGAUGUCCUUCGCCCUCCUUUUUAGUUUUCUUGAUAAAACUGUUCUCAUUUUUUCCUUUUGUCAGAUUUGGCAGCAAACAGAGUUUUCCUGUACAGGAUGUUUGCCCAGUGUUUGCAGGUUAUGUGCUGCUGUAGAUAAGAACUGUGCCAUUGGAAAUUUCAUUAUUCUGAAGUGCCAAAUUCACUACACCAUAUAAUCACAGAAAAUACUUUUGCAUCAUUUUGUGCUUUCGGUUUUUGUACAGUAUGAGCUGUAGAUGGAGAAUUGUUUUUUUUUUUUUUUUAAAGAAUAUUUGUUUGGUCCAAAAAAAGAUGAACUUUUUGUAAUACUGUGGUGGUCUCAUGCUCUAAGUCAGUUUAAUUUUUAUGGACGUUACCCUGUGUUCUGCUGAACUGAUGAAUUGAAAUAACUGUGGACUUUGUUUUGCAGCUAUUUGAACUGCCUUGUAUUUGUAAAAAUUGCUACACAUUUCAUAUGAGAAAAGAGAGGCCAGGUAAAUAAGAUCUAUCUAAACUCUUUGAGUAGUCAAAUGUUCAAAACAAAGGCUAGAUAAAAUGCCAAUUGGUAUGUUACCAAUCUUUUUAUUAUGUAAAAUAUAUAUGCAAAAUAUGUGUGGGUCUGAUUUCCAGAUUAAUGAAUGUUAUUCUUGGACUUGAGAGCAUAUUUGGCAUCAUUGUAAAUUAUUUUUGUUCUUAUCAUUACAGUCUACUUUGUUGCAUAGCCUCCCUAAAAAAUUACAGAAUUUAAAAUCUGGCAGCAUUCAUAACCUUCAUUUAUACAGUAUUUUAACUGGAUGAAGUAAACAUUUUUAUAUAUUGGUUUAGCACCUUAGAGUGCUAAUAAAGAAAAAAGCUUAAUGAAUACCUUGACUACAAAACAUUUCUGUCCCAUAUUUUUGGCAGAAGAACGAUAUAUUGAUACUUUCUGUUUUGUGUUUAGGAACUAUUUAAUCGGUUUUAUAUAUGCAUUUUUAGAAAUUUCAUCAGCUUCUAUUACCAUUUUAACUCUGACUACCACAAAGUGUUAAGUAUUCAUUGUUAGAUGCUUGUACAAUGCUCCAUGUUGUAUUUAUUUCAUGGAGGUCUCAUAAUGUUUGUGUAUCAAAAGUAAGACCUUUCUUUUAUGAACAUUUUUUAAUAAAGUUAAUGACACAAUUUCCAUUUGUAUUUAGCAUUAGUUUUCGGGUCUGUCAGCAUUUUUGUCACACCUUAUUGUAGGGUGUUGAAAGUGCUACUUUAUAACUACAUGGGGGACAAAACUUGCAUUAUAUAAUGUUUUCAGGGCAAGGACAUAUUUAUCCUCCGUUUUUGGAGGAGAGUGCAGUUGUAGAAGGACAGGUGUAGUAGCAAAGCUACAUAAACACAAGAUGUUUUUAAGGAGACAGGAUAGCUUUAGUUACUAAGGUAUCUGCAAACCUUUACUUUCAGGCAAUUAGGCCCACUGACAGCAAUUUGAGGGUUUACAGGAUUGGGACUUGAUUUUAGUAAAUAUUUUUUAUAUUUACAUAGUUAAAUUGUGUUUUGAGGGUUGGAUAGGUGGUGUCUCACUGCCAGCCACUGAUUACUGCAUAUUUUCUAUAUUAAAAAACAAAACAAAACAAAAAACAGAACAAAAAAAAGACCCACUCAGGAUUUUUAUUCUGCACUUACAAUAUUUACAAUUUUUACAGUAGGCCCAGGGAACGUAAAUGAAUUUUUCUUCUAUAUUCUUUUCAAAUGACCCUGGAACUGGAAAGUGGUUAUAAUACCAAUAUAACUCCCAUCUUCUCAGUUGUCGUUCUCCAUUAUAUUUAUGAUGGACCAAGAGAGUGAAGUUUAACAAAAACACCCCCCGCCCCUCCCAAAAAAAACAAAAACAAAAAAAACCCAUAAAAAGUCUAUGAUAUUAAUUAGUGUGCACUCAGUGCUGGCAGAUCACUAAAACAGCCUGUAUUUGGCUAAUAUCUACGCUAUCAAAUUAACAAUAUCUGAAAUGUGAUCACAGCUCUUCAUCAUGGCACAAGCAGAAGUCUCUGUGGGACCAAUAUCCAAAGAGCCUCCUAUCUGGUGCAUGUUCAAAAUUGUUGCUCUCCCGUGGGCAUAUAUAUUUGAGGAAAUUAUGUGCUGAGUCACACAAGUAUUUGACCUUUUCAUGUGCCAAUUUUGUGUGCAAAAAUAUAGACCUUUUGAAAUUUGACCCUCUGGGGCAGGAGUGGAAUAUGCUACAUUUAAUAAUUUACCCCCUACUUUAUUAUUACUGUAUAACUUCCACUUAUACAAAUAAAUGUUUUCUCCUAUAGCUAUGGUGAGCAGUGGUUCUUUAAUUAAAAUAGGCUGCAGGAAGUCCUGGUGGAUCAUUAUCAGAAUAGAUAGUUAUAGAUAUAGGGAAUUUUGGUCCUGCGUUUUCUUUAUAUUUUGUUUUUGUGUCAAAGUUCUGAUAUUUUUGCUUAUAACUGUAGCAUACUGUGAAAUCUAAUGAAGAUUAUGUUGUCUGUCUUGAAAGCAAACAUUAUGUGACCUCUGGUAAUAAAUUCUUUUCAGAAAAAAGUCUCAAACUUUUGAGUAAAUUAGUUUGUCAGAAUUAUUGUAAAUGAUUGCUUUGUGAAUUGUGCAGAUGAUCUUACCUAUGCAGCUUUGGUUUUGACUUUUCUCUGGUUUGUACUGUUAUUAAAAGUAUAUUGUAUUAUAAA